UGUUCAGUAGUCUAGAACUGUUCUCUGUAUCAGCUGGGAUCAGUGCAUAGCUGGAUAUACGGGAUAAAGUUUUACUCCGCAUCGUGAAUAAAUCAUCAUCAUCAUCACCAUUAUCACGGUGUAGAAAGUUGACGCUGAUCACUGUGUGUACUCAGAGAAAUCAACGGCGAAAUCGAGCCGAUAUUUAACCGCUUGUAUAUAAAGCAUCGCCUGACAAGAUGUCUUGUGGCCUGACUUGCGUCGACGACUUCCUGAACCGGGCGUUUCACCGUGUUGGUUUAAUUGUCGGACGGCACCCGGGUUAUUUCGUUAUAAUCCCCGUGCUUCUGGCAUGCAUCUGCAUAACCGGAUACCAGCAGAUUCGUUACGAAAUCGACCCCGAGUAUCUCUUCUCGCCGAUCAAUGGACCCGGAAAAACUGAGCGCGUCAUCGUCGAGAACUUCUUUAAGGUGAACUACACCAGCCGAUUCAGCGUUGGCCGUAUCACUCGUCCAGGGCGAUUCGGACAUGUUAUUGUGGUACCUAAGGAUGGGGAUGACAACAUGCUUCGGGCCGUUAUUUGGAAGGAACUCCUGCUGCUCGACGGGAUAAUCAGGAAUGCGACUCUGGAAUACGAGGGAGAGACAUACUCGUACGAAAACAUAUGCGCAAGAUGGUUGGAUCAGUGUUUUAUGAAUGACAUUCUGAAUCUGCAUCACGUCAUCGACGACGUAGAGAGCCGAGAGUUGAACUUGACGUUUCCGGUAAUGUUCAAUCCUGUUACGUGGGACGCCCACGCGUUCCCUGUCUACUUUGGCGGUAGCAUCAUCAACGACGACUCGACCAUCGAGACCGUACCUUCGAUUCAACUGGCGUACUUCGUUACCGCUGACACGAAGCGCCAAGACGCCAUUGGCGCCCUUUGGGAAGAAGCGUUCCUCGAUGUUAUCGGUAAGGCGGAAGAUGACGGGAUCUUCGAGCACAUCAGCACGGCCAGAUUCGCUUCGCGAACCCUGGAACUGGAGCUGGAAGCGAACACGCGAACGGUGGUCCCGUACUUCUCCAGCACCUUCGCGAUCAUGGCCAUCUUCUCCGUGGUAACGUGCAUGAUGGCUGAUUGGGUACGGAGCAAGCCUUGGCUUGGUCUGUUGGGCAACGUGUCUGCGGCGAUGGCAACCGUCUCGGCGUUCGGUCUCUGCAUGUACCUUGGGAUCGAGUUUAUCGGGAUCAACCUCGCCGCGCCUUUCCUCAUGAUCGGAAUCGGCAUCGAUGACACUUUUGUGGUGCUGGCUGCUUGGAGAAGAUCAAACAUCCUGGCACCGGUUCCGGAGCGGAUGGCGGCCACCCUGAGCGAGGCAGCCGUUUCCAUAACGAUCACUUCGCUCACUGAUAUGAUAUCCUUUUUUAUUGGUAUCAUGUCGCCGUUUCCAUCCGUCCAAAUCUUCUGCAUCUAUUCAGGUUUCGCGGUGAUCUUCACCUUCCUCUUCCACUUGACCUUCUUUAGCGGAUGUGUCGCCAUUAGCGGUUACUGCGAGCAAAAGAAUCUCCACAGCGUCGUCUGCUGCAAGGUGCAGCCUGUUUCAAAGUCGACUCACCGUUCUUGGUUAUACCGGAUAUUGUGUACUGGAGGAGUGGACCCCGCUGACCCCGACAACCCCUUAGACAAUCCGGAACAUGGAUGCAUGGUUUGGUUCCGCGAUUGCCUUGCUGUGGCCUUGAAUAAUCGCAUUGUCAAGGCUGUCGUCAUCAUUAUCUUCGCACUCUACUUGUGUGGAGCAAUUUACGGUCUCACAACUCUGGAAGAAGGCCUGGACAGACGCAAGCUCUCUAAGGAGGAUUCAUAUUCCGUCGCCUUUUACGACAAAGAGGACUUUUACUUCCGAGAAUUUCCGUAUAGGAUUCAGGUAAUUGUAAGUGGCCAGGAGAACUACAGCGACCCUGUAAUCCAGCAGGAGUUCGAGAACCUGACCAGAGCUCUGGAAGCCUCCUCUUACAUCAGUAGCCCGAUUUAUACGGAAAGUUGGAUCCGAAGUUUCCUGAGCUACGUGACCCGUAACCAAGACUACCUUAACGUGACCAUAGACACAGAGGCUAGUUUCAUAAAGACAUUAAAGGACAUAUGGCUCUUCCCAGCAAAUCCAUUUUCGCUUGACGUAAAGUUCGACGAAACGGGAGAGAAAAUUCUGGCCAGCAGAUUCCUGAUCCAAGCUGUAAACAUAAGUGGCACAAACGAGGAAAAGGCAAUGGUCAAGGAACUGCGACGUAUCUGCAAUGAGUCUCCCCUCAACGCGAGUGUCUUUCAUCCUUACUUUGUGUUCUUCGAUCAGUUCGAGCUCGUCCGGCCUACGAGUAUUCAGUGCAUGGUAUUCGGAGCGCUGAUAAUGAUGCUGAUCUCGUUCAUCUUCAUACCUAACGCUUUGUGCUGUUUGUGGGUGGCCUUUUGCAUCGUCUCCAUAGAGCUGGGGGUCGGUGGUUACAUGGCAUUGUGGAGUGUGAACCUUGACAGUAUAUCGAUGAUAAAUCUGAUAAUGUGCAUCGGAUUCAGUGUCGACUUCACGGCCCACAUAUGCUACGCGUACAUGAGCUCGAAGAAGAAGCAUCCGGACGACCGUGUCAAGGAGUGUCUCUACAGCCUGGGCCUACCGAUAGUCCAGGGUGCCGCAUCGACGAUCCUGGGUCUGGGAGCUCUCCUCCUUGCCAACACCUACAUCUUCCUGGUCUUCUUCAAAAUGGUCUUUCUGGUGAUAUUCAUCGGCGCUAUGCACGGGCUCUUCCUCCUGCCCGUUCUCCUCUCUAUAUUCGGACCCGGAUCCUGUUCCUCCCACGAACCGGAAGGCAAGGUGGACACCCUGGAUCCUGAGGGGAAACCCCAUCGCGUCUACGUCAUUCCCCAUCCGUCUCUCCUCUAUCCACCUGGACCGAAAAAACCAUCGCAAGGCGGUAGUCCAGUGACGAGUCUUACAGCCUUAGACGACCGAGAUCCUGGCCUGGGAACCAGCGAGGACAGCAAUUCUACCGAAAGCGGUUCGUCCCAGAGCCGAAGGCGCCAACAGCAGCAGCAGCAGACGGUAGAACCCGACGCCGACGCCCAGCGUCGGUAUCUCGGAUGGCGACGGUCCGUCGGGGUUCCGAACGGCCUGACGAACCUUCAGCCGCUUCCGGCAACGCCGGCUCCGCCACCUGAUUACCCCGGAGCUACGCUGGAUCGCCCCCUCAGAGUCAGCCUCGGCGACAAUCCUCACUUCGGACGUUCGAAUCCUGGAGCAGAUUUCCCGUCCCGCCGGGAAUACAGACGUAGCAGGUCCCACUCUCACCAUAACCUCCAAUAUCCACCGACCAGGUAUCAGCCGGAUCCUCGCUACCCUUGACACCGACGCAUCGUUUGAGAUUGUAAAGAUGUCGCGUUCGUCGGUUACACCGGGGUUCGUUUGGUCUGCAGUCAAACGACGCCCCUGCUCGUAGACUUCUCCGUUUGCACCAGGUGGCAAGGCGUCGGGCUGAUCGAGUCUUCUUGAUUCUCAGAUACGUGUAAGCUUCCGCUCAAUGUGAAUCAAAAAAACUGUAUAUCAUCUUUAUGAGAUAAUUAGGUUAACGUAUCUGUCCUCUGUGCUGCGCGCGACAGAUAAUUGUCUUCAUAGAAAUCCUCUUCGCCGUGGCACGACGUUUACACACUUAUUGUGCCUUUCGUGAGGCCGUGUUUCUUUAUCAACGACAAUUAUGUCACUUCAAGAAUACUAUACAUUUGUCGUCUAAUAGUGCCUGAAAUCAGUAUCGUCCAACCGAACACUUACCUCCAAGAAUAUAUAUAUAUAUAUAUGUAUAUAUACAUGUAUAUUUAGAGAGUAAUCAAAUUGUAUUCUCGCCGCUACGACCAUAAGAUGUGGACAAGUUUUUAUAUGUAUAUUGUACGAGUUAUGUUGUUCGUUAUUUUAGGUUAUUAUAGAUUAGAUAGUAUGAUUGCGUAUUUAUGAAUGUGUAUGAUUAUUCAACGACGUGAACGUCCAAAGGGUGAUAAUAACACUUUUGGGUGUUAUACUGCCAUUUGGAAAGGAAACAAAAUGA